CGUUGGGGUUGACUUGUAAAAGCUGUCUUAAAACAGGAUAACUCUAGCUAAUAUAUCACCGCAGGGAAGAGAAAGACAGAUCGAAGGAAACCAUGAAGGAGGGUAAAGAUCCAAAUGACACCGAAUGGUUAAAAUAUUAAAACUAUCUGUUGUCAACAGAUAUAUUCAAAAACAGAAUGUCAACAACGCGGCCCCUUCUCGGUAUGAAGCGAGUCACCGAGGUAACCAGUUCGGAACCCCGGGGAAACAGGCUAUCACCAGCAGCGAGCAAACAACAGCAAGAGGCCCUGGCAGUGGACGAAUUUGCGGUCCUUGAAAACAAGCAAGAAGAACUGAAAUGCGCUAAGCCCAGAGUAGAACAGGUUUUUCAGGUAGCUUUCACAAUUAUCGGCCUUUUGGACACUGGAGCCCACAGUAGUACAGCAUCAAGGCAGAUAUGGCUUCAACUCAAGGGAAAGAGAGACGACGUGUCGAGGGCAAAGGUAAACAUUGACUGUGAUUGAUUAAAAUUAGCUUGAGGCUUAUAACUUUGAUGCCCUUUGUUAUAUUUACUUAUUUUUGUAAGUCAGUUAUGCAGUUCAACAGCAACGGCCUUUAACGUUAGUAGAGAAAAGGGCCAUCCUGAAAUGAAGCGGCAAAUCAGGCAGUAUAAUCGCAUGGUCAUGUGGUACCGAAUGGAAUAGCUACUAUGCUAAUUGAGAAGUUGUUUGGGUUUCAUAAUCUGAUAAGGCUUUGUGUCAUCUGCCUUCUAGCUAAUAAUAUAUCAGUAAAGAUUAUAGAUCUAACGUUAGAGUCCAUCCAGGGGCCAGGUUUACAUCAUUUCAAAAUAUCCCGAUUGCAUGACAGAUGUCAAUGACAGACGGACAAGCUGUUCUUAGCGUUCCUUUUGUUUUCAUUUCAACACUGACUUCUCGUUCAUUCUACUACUCAAAAAACACCAGUCGUAUCUUGGCCACAUCUUUUACAUUUCUGUAUCUUGAGUUUUCCCUUGCCAACAUCCUGUAGCAGGCAAGUGAAGUUAAAUGUACAGAUCACCGAAUUGGGUAAUAUCAAUGUCACUGUUCGACUCAACGCGGAAACGAUUACUAUUGGUGCCAGUAAAUUUGGAAUCUCCUCCCACCCAAUUGAGAACACAGAAAAUGGAAACCCCAACACAGUUAUGUCUUGCCCCAUCAUGUCUCUUUCCAGUGUGUAGUCAUCAGGAAACCAUGUCCACUGUAUGGAGAGGAGACACGUAUGCAUUGUGACAGGGCCUUCUUUGACAUAGCCAAACUUGAGGCUGAUUCAUCAAAUAUUUCUGGAAAGAGGUUGAGAUUUCCUCAUUGGGUUUCAGUUGGUUUUUGACAACUUCCCGUCUUCCACGUUUUAAUCUCACCAAUUUACGGUCAAUGUGGUCAUGACAGAGUUGACAGAGUUGUCAGUGAAGAUGAGUGAUGUUUCUUGGGUAGGCGUAGAGGGGGUAUCCCUGUGCAUCCUGCUAUCAGUUUCAAUUGGCUUGUUACCCCUUUAAGCUUCAAACAUGGACCUUCUCGUGUGAAUGAUAUUUUUUUUGUCAUGUCUACUUUUCUAACUGGUGUUGACUCUGUUGUUCCAGGAGUACCUGAAAGGCAUGUGUGACCCAGAGCUGCAGAAGGUGGAGCGCUACCCUGUGGACAUGCACUGCAUCUUUGCUGGUGCCCGGGGUCUGUUCCUUGACCGACUGCUGCGGGACACCAGCGCUGAGGUUGUGAUGCUGGAGCCGGGCAGACUGCGCCUGCUGGGCUGUGUUGAGUCUGUUGUCAUGGCACAGAGCCGCGUGCAGCAGUUUGUUGCUCUCUUCCAAGAGAAGCGCAGCCUGCCCGGAGAUAGGGAGCUGGCUGUGAAACGCACCUUCAAGACGUUUGUGGAGGAGCGAGAUGAUAAGUAUGCCAUGGAGCUGCUCCUGCUGCCCAGUGCCCUGAAGGAGGAGCUGCUAGGUCUGGCCCAGAGCCCCACUCAGCCUGAUGGUGCUAUAGACGUGGACCAGGAUCGCUCCCAGAGCAGCACCCCUGUCACUGACCUCUCCAACCGCAUCCUGGACACCAGCUUUGAGGAGAAGGCGGUUGGGGCUGCAGCCGGGACUGAAGCGGGGUUGCUGAAUGGCGUCCGUCCCUCCCACAAGCGCCGCUCGUCAGAGAGCGAGCUGAGGGACACCAAGAGGCAGUACUCCCUGGAGAGGAGGGAUGAGUCUAUGGAGAGAGAGCGCCACGCUGUGGCCGGUGACAGCCAAGUUAAGACCCCCUCCAAGACCAACAUGGGGCUGAUGGUGCUGGACUCUAGUGAUGGUGCGGAUGACGGGGAGGCAGUGAGCCCUGAGACCAACCUGCGGUGCCUGGUGAACUUCUUCAGGACCAUGGGCUACCAGCAGGAGGUGGUGGAGCGGGUGGUGAAGGAGACAGGCCAGACAGAGGACACUUUCCUGCUGCUGGAGUGCAUUGUGGAGGAGAGCCAAAGAACAGAGAGGCAGCAAGGAGGGGCAUCCUCAACCCACAACCCUGAGUCUUCCUCCUCCUCAUCCUCUACUCUCUCCAGGGAUAAGGACAGAGGGCUAGAUAGAGUGCCAAACCGAGCCCUGGAUGUAAAGUCCAAGGAGAACAUUAAGCCACCCAGCAGCAAUGGUGUUGGCCAGAGGGGACAGUGUAGCAGCAUGCUGCAGACAGUGACACUAAAGAGGAGCAGCAGUGCUCAGGGGGCUGCUUACGAUAUCAUCACCAUCAAUGAUGACGAGGACAACACAGACACACUGACUGGCAGUAAAGCCAGGAUGGCAGAGCAGAUGGAUAUUCCAUCGGGGCCCAGGAUGGACUACCUGUCCCGGGGAGGGGCUCAGACCAUGGGGCCAGUACGUGUGGAAAGUGUGACGGCACUGCGGAGCACACCACAGCGCCCGACCCAGCCAGCAGACACACGGCCAGGCUGCUCCUACCAGACCCUGUCAGCCAGGGUCCCCCCACCCCACCCAGAGCCUGCUCCACCACCCAUGACUGCCACGACCCGCUUCCAUGAUUCCCUGAGAAACCCCUACACCCUGACCCUACAGAACGAGCCUGGACGCCCUGAUCUCCGCCACAUCAUCAUCGACGGCAGCAACGUGGCCAUGGCGUGAGUAACCUCCCCUUACUAUACCCCCUCUGUAGGAGGAUGUGGAACAACACUGAGAGCCCACACUCAUUUUCCCAUCAUCAGAUAUGACUGUUUGGAACCACCUGUGUGUAGGCCUAUGUGAGCGUUGGUGUGUGUGUGAAAGCAGGAGUGUAACCCUCAGUCAGGACUUUCUCAAGGGUAACAUAAAAGCUCAUAGCUGAGAGCUCUUCCAGUAACCCUCUGUGAAUGCAUGAGUAGGUAGGCCUAGCGCAUGGCCGCAGUGGCUUUGGCAAGGCUAAUGACUGUCCAGAUGGGAAAAUCUCUCUCUGAAAUAAUUGUCAGUAAUAUAACUCCAACUAUCUCUCAACUUUUGUCAGUUCUCCUCUGUUUCUUACUUCGCACACCAUUUUAUUCUGUCCACUGAAGUCGUUACUGGAAGUUGAUUUAGUCCGAAUAAUUGUGGUAGAGGUAUAUCACCCUUUCAGACUCAGACUAAUCUGACUGGCACAGCUAACUUCCGUUUGUUGUGGAUUGAUCAGGACUAUGAGUUAGGCUAUCUAUCUAGCAGUGGCGGUCAGUGCCGUUUAAGAUGAGGGAGGACAAUUAUUUUUUCAUGAGCAUGGCCUUUCUAUUACAGCAUUUUGGAUGACUCGUUCAUAUUCCAUUCACCCAGUUCAAUGUAACAGCGAUAGGUUUAGGCUACUACAUGAUACUCAAAUUUUCCCUAUACCCAUCAUGAGGUUGCUACAACCUAGCCUAUGAAUGAAAGUUUACAACGUAGGUGCACACAGGUCGAGAGACAAAUUUGAGGUAACAGACAGUGACAUUCAAUGCUGCCUUGCACACUCUUCCUGCAUCUAGCUGAUAUAGGGUGUAAUCAUUAGUCCAACAGUUGCAAACAAGAGUUUCUAUUGGACAAGUUCAGGUAUGUUUAUCCCCGUUUUGUUCUGUUUGCUUCCAUUUUAAGAAACGUUUUUCAACAGAAUCGGUGGAAUGAAUACACCCCUGAUCACGCGUAAACAGAGUUCACUCUGAUAACAGCCACGUUAUAUUCCUUCUCUUCCCUUCGCUUGUGGACUUCAAUGCACAACACAUCAGCUCUAUAGCGAAAAAACCUUUCCAAACCAAACCGCUACACACAGCCUACAUCAUUGUCACCAUAUUAGCUAAAGUAACAUCAUAGUCAGCAUAGCUAAUAGAACUAACGUGUUAGUAAAUCCACUACAAUCAUGCAGUAACGUUAGUGUACAGUCAGUAAGCAGUUACACCGGCGGCCCCAGUGGCAAUACAUUUGUAAUACCAAAAGCUUACCUUGAAGAGUUCCAGUGUUGUGUAGGAAAGUCAUAGCCAGCUAGCUAACAUAGCAUCCCUCUAUUUGAGCAGGGUGUUUCAGUAGGCUAAACUAGCAAACUGCAGUUGCUAGCUAAGUAAGUGAAACUCUUGCUUCUCCUUCAUUGUGGAAGAAAUUAAUUUGUUCAAAACUGUUCAACUAUUGUCUUUCUCUCUCUUUGAGUCAACUACUCAAUACAUUUUGUACACUGCAGUGCUAGCUAGCUGUAGCUUAUGUUUUCAGUACUAGAUUCAUUCUCUGAUCCUUUGAUUGGGUGGACAACAUGUCAGUUCAUGCUGCAAGAGCUCUGAUAGGCUGUAGGACGUCCUCCGGAAGUUAUCAUAAUUACUGUGUAAGUCUAUGGAAGGGGGUGAGAACCAUGAGCCUCCUAGGUUUUGUAUUGAAGUCAAUUUACCCAGAGGACGGAAACUAGCUGUCCUCCGGCUACACCAUGGUGCUACCCUACAGAGUGCUGUUGAGGCUACUGUAGACCUUUGCAAAAUAGUUUUAAUCAGUUAUUUGGUGACGUGAUUAUAUUUAGUAUAGUUUUAUCUAAAAAGGAUCACUUUUGUAAAUGUUUUACCAUAAUUUUUUUAAGUGAAAUUCACUUUGGAGGAUGGUCCUUCCCUUCCUCCUCUGAGGAGCCUCCACUGCUAUCUAGCUACCUCAUCAGAAUGAGGUCAGAAAAUCACAUUUCAUGAUAAGAUCUCAGAGUACAUAUGCUAUAGGGACAUCCAAGUACGAACAAGUAUGGGGGUUUUAUGAGAAAAUUACAAGGGGAAAUAAAGCUUUUUGUAUAUUUGGCGAUUAUAUUUCUAGGUUGACAAGGUGAUUUUACUAUCCACGUUAGUGGUGCUGGAGUUAGUUGCACAUCCUGUUUGAACUCAGAGGGAACUUCUCUGUAACUUUGCAUUGCCCCACAAAAUGAGACGUGUUUGAAGCUUGUGUGUGUUCAAUGUUCUCUGGCCAUUUGUUUGUAAUGGUUGUUAUGAGAUCUACUGGACCCCCAUAUCUGCCCAUAUUUUCCAGAACUCUACCCUGACUAGCCUAUCUCCAAGUAAUAUAAAUAAACCCUAUUUUACUUUGUUUUUUAGAUAUAGAAUGAGAUUAGUGUAUUGGGAGGGAUCAACAACUCUGGGUAGAAUAAAUAAAUAAAAUAUGUGUACAAAGGCUGCAUUUAAACUCUCCAUAUCUUUAUUUUUGGAUUGCAGGACUGAUAACUUCCUGCCAAAAGCUGGCUCUGACCAGAGGGACAUUCUACUCUUUGUUAGGCUACAUCUUAUAUGUUUUUGUAGACGUCAGAAUGUCUUUCACUCCUUCAAUGUGUUACUUUUCUGAGUGGCUUUCUUUCUCAAACUGGGCUGGCACAGUAAUUGUAUAAUUGUGUAAUUGACGAUUUAAGGAUAAAGACCAUCAUGAAAGUAAAAUAACCGUCAUAGCCGUUCUAGUAAAAUAAUGUUUUUAUUUUAAUGAACUUCAUAUUCAAUUCGACAAACUUUACCCAAAAGCAGCAAAGUAAAAGUAAGCCUGGUUUACAUCUAACAGCCAAUAUGAGACGAGAGGACGCAAAACUGGCCAGUUUUAGAAUUUUGUGUUUAGGACAAACAGCUGACUGAAGACGGGAGGAAGGCUGGGCAUUCAGAAACAUGACACGUGCGGUUGAGUUAGUAACUCUACAACUUGAUGGAAGUUUUGUUCCUUGUUUCAGCAAGUUGUUGUUGUAGCAAACUAGUCUUGGUUGCCGAGGCAACCCCCACCCCCCACCAUUCCUGCAGCACAUGCAAUCAGGAGGAGAGGAGAAAAUGUGUGUAAAAUUUGCUGCUUUUGGGUAAAGUUUGUCUACUUUCUUUACUAUAGCUUUUUGCUAUUCAAACGAUUAUAGUGGUGACCAUCACAGCCCUACUUGUUACUCAUCUGUGACAAUACUGUCUGAAGGCAAUCCUCAAUUUGUCAAUCUGAAAUACAACAAUCACUUUAUGUAUUAGGCUAGUUUAUAAGCCAUUUCUAACCUAAUCAUUCCUAAGUAACCCUUCCUCCUUGUGCUCCUCUGUAGGCAUGGUCUCCACCGCUUCUUCUCCUGCCGGGGGAUAGCCAUCGCUGUGGAGGCCUUCUGGAGGCAGGGCCACCGGGAGAUCACCGUCUUUGUGCCUCAGUGGAGGCAGAAGAGAGACCGCUGCACCACAGGUCAGAACAAACACACACCACAGCACAGGCCACCCCAACCUGGGCUCAAUCUCAUCCCUCUGGUUUUGGGUGGUAAAGAAGUGACAUGAAAUGUACCGGUAGUACAGCCAUCCAAGGUUUUUGUCAGGAGAAAGAUGAUUGUACUUUGGCAAAAAGUUGUGAGGAUUACUGUUUGAGUGGUAAUAAUGUGCUCCACAUGUUUGUCUGUUAUGUGUGCUCUGUUAAGGAUAAGGUCUUAAUGUGUGUAUUUGCUCCACGUGUCUCAAUAGAACAACAUUACCUGAACCAACUGGAAGACCUGCGUCUGCUCUCCUUCACUCCUUCCAGAGAGGUCUGUGGACAGAGGAUUUCCUCCCAUGAUGACAGGUACUGCUGAGUCACACAUCUCACCUCGUCAUACAGCCAGCCCACCCUCUGUCAUCUGCUGCCACCUCAUCCAUACUCACCCUGUCCCACAGCCUCGCCCACAUUCCUUACUGCCACCUCAUCCAUACUUGCCCUGUCCCACAGCCUCGCUCACAUUCCCUGUUGCCACCUCAUCCAUACUCACCCUGUCCCACAUUCCCUGCUGCCACCUCAUCCAUACUCACCCUGUCCCACAUUCCUUACUGCCACCUCAUCCAUACCUACCCUUUGUCACAGCCUCGCCCACAUUCCCUGCUGCCACCUCAUCCAUACUCACUAGGGUUGAAUGGCGGGAACCCGGUUACCGAGAUUUACUGCCCAAAACCACUCCCUUUUCCCAGGAUAAAUAACUGCGAGAAACCGGUCAAUUAUAAUAAAUGAUUUAAAUGAACAGCAUGCCGUGAAAUGGAACUGUUCACUUAUAUGCCAUGUCUAAAUCUGGUUUCUCUACAACCUUCUCUCUGGUCACUGCAUGAUGAAUCAUCAACGCUCAGGGUGGGGACCGACAGCCCAUCUCAGUAUGUAGACCUGCACUAUAUAUACUAAAGUAUGUGGACACCCCUUCAAAUUAGUGGAUUCGGCUAUUUCAGCCACACCGUUGCUGACAGGUGUGUAAAAUCGAGAACAAAGCCAUGCAAUCUCCAUAGACAAACAUUGUCAGUAGAAUGGCCUUACUGAAGUGCUCAGUUCCAAACUGCCUCUGGAAGCAACGUCAGCACAAGAACUGUUCGUCGGUAGCUUCGUGAAAUGGGUUUCCUUGGCCGAGCAGCCGCACACAAGCCUAAGAUCACCAUGCGUAAUGCCAAGCGUCGGCUGGAGUGGUGUAAAGCUCGCCGCCAUUGGACACUGGAGCAGUGGAAACGCGUUCUCUGGAGUGAUGAAUCACGCUUCACCAUCUGGCAGUCCGACGGAAGAAUCUGGGUUUGGCAGAUGCCAGGAGAACGCUACCUGCCCCAAUGCAUAGUGCCAACUGUAAAGUUUGGUGGAGGAGGAAUAAUGGUCUGGGGCUGUUUUUCAUGGUUCGGGCUAGGCCCCUUAGUUCCAGGUAAGGGAAGUCUUAACGCUACAGCAUACAAUGACAUUCUAGACGAUUCUGUGCUUCCAACUUUGUGGCCCUUUGCUGAAACAGGAAGGCCCUUUCCUGUUUCAGCAUGACAACGCCCCCAUUCACUAAGUGAGGUCCAUAUUGAAAUGGUUUGUCGAGAUCGGUGUGGAAGAACUUGACUGGCCUGCACAGAGCCCUGACCUCAACCCCAACGAACACCUUUGGGAUGAAUUGGAACGCCGACUGCGAGCCAGGCCUAAUCGCCCAACAUCAGUGCCCGACCUCACUAAUCUUGUGGCUGAAUGGAAGUAAGUCCCCGCAGCAAUGUUCCAACAUCUAGUGGAAGGCCUUCCCAGAAGAGUGGAGGCUGUUAUAGCAGCAAAGGGGGACCAACUCCAUAUUAAUGCCCAUGUCAUCAUGGUCACUUUUUUUCUUGUGACAGGUAGACAGACCUACAUUUGCUGCAGCAUAGCCUAUGCUACAGUAAUAUAAAGGCAGAAUGUGCGGCUAAUUUACAUAUCUCCAUCCGGCUUUCGGGGUCACCUUAUUUUUUUAUUGUAAAGAUGAUUUUUAUCUUUUUUGCAGCUGCAGAGUUUUAAAACACUCCUAUAUCGUUGCUUUAAAUCAGUGCGCGAGCACUCUCUCGCAGUCUUUCUCUCCAUCAAUUCCAUUCAAACUGCAUUCAAAUUGAUAAUCCUGUUCAAGAUUGAUAUAUAUAUAUAUAUAAUAUACAGUGGGGAGAACAAGUAUUUGAUACACUGCCGAUUUUGCAGGUUUUCCUACUUAACAAAGCAUUUAGAGGUCUGUAAUUUUUUAUCAUAGUACACUUCACCGUGAGAGACGGAAUCUAAAAUCCAGAAAAUCACAUUGUAUUUUUUAAAGUAAUUAAUUUGCAUUUUAUUGCAUGACAUAAGUAUUUGAUACAUCAGAAAAGCAGAACUUAUAUUUAGUACAGAAACCUUUGUUUGCAAUUACAGAGAUCAUACGUUUCUGUAGUCUUGACCAGGUUGCACACACUGCAGCAGGAUUUUGGCCCCUCCUCCUACGACUUCUCCAGACCUCAGGUUUCGGGGCGUCACUUGCAUAGGACUUUCACUCCUCUAAAUUUUCUUGGGUUCAGGUUGGAGCUGGCUUAGGCCUCCGUGGGAAUUAUUAGGAAAUGGAAACAUACAAGACCACUGAUAAUCUCCCUCGAUCUGGGGCUCCACGCAAGAUCUCACCCCGUGGGGUCAAAAUGAUCACAAGAACGGUGAGCAAAAAUCCCAGAACCACACGGGGGGACCUAGUGAAUGACCUGCAGAGAGCUGGGACCAAAGUAACAAAGCCUACCAUCAGUAACACACUACGCCACCAGGGACUCAAAUCCUGCAGUGCCAGACGUGUCCCCCUGCUUAAGCCAGUACAUGUCCAGGCCCGUCUGAAGUUUGCUAGAGUGCAUUUGGAUGAUCCAGAAGAUGAUUGGGAGAAUGUCAUAUGGUCAGAUGAAACCAAAAUAUAACUUUUUGGUAAAAACUCAACUCGUCGUGUUUGGAGGACAAAGAAUGCUGAGUUGCAUCCAAAGAACACAAUACCUACUGUGAAGCAUGGGAGUGGAAACAUCAUGCUUUGGGGCUGUUUUUCUGCAAAGGGACCAGGACGACUGAUCCGUGUAAAGAAAAUAAUGAAUGGGGCCAUGUAUCGUGAGAUUUUGAGUGAAAACCUCCUUCCAUCAGCAAGGGCAUUGAAGAUGAAACGUGGCUGGGUCUUUCAGCAUGACAAUGAUCCCAAACACACCGCCAGGGCAACGAAGGAGUGGCUUCGUAAGAAGCAUUUCAAGGUCCUGGAGUGGCCUAGCCAGUCUCCAGAUCUCAACCCCAUAGAAAAUCUUUGGAGGGAGUUGAAAGUCAGUGUUGCCCAGCCACAGCCCCAAAACAUCACUGCUCUAGAGGAGAUCUGCACGGAGGAAUGGGCCAAAAUACCAGCAACAGUGUGUGAAAACCUUGUGAAGACUUACAGAAAACGUUUGACCUGUGUCAUUGCCAACAAAGGGUAUAUAACAAAGUAUUGAGAAACUUUUGUUAUUGACCAAAUACUUAUUUUCCACCAUCAUUUGCAAAUAAAUUCAUAAAAAAUCCUACAAUGUGAUUUUCUGGAUUUUUUUUCCUGAUUUUGUCUGUCAUAGUUGACGUGUACCUAUGAUGAAAAUUACAGGCCUCUCUCAUCUUUUUAAGUGGGAGAACUUGCACAAUUGGUGGCUGACUAAAUACUUUUUUCCCCCACUGUAUAUACUAAAGUAUGUGGACACCCCUUCAAAUUAGUGGAUUCGGCUAUUUCAGCCACACCGUUGCUGACAGGUGUGUAAAAUCGAGAACAAAGCCAUGCAAUCUCCAUAGACAAACAUUGUCAGUAGAAUGGCCUUACUGAAGUGCUCAGUUCCAAACUGCCUCUGGAAGCAACGUCAGCACAAGAACUGUUCGUCGGUAGCUUCGUGAAAUGGGUUUCCUUGGCCGAGCAGCCGCACACAAGCCUAAGAUCACCAUGCGUAAUGCCAAGCGUCGGCUGGAGUGGUGUAAAGCUCGCCGCCAUUGGACACUGGAGCAGUGGAAACGCGUUCUCUGGAGUGAUGAAUCACGCUUCACCAUCUGGCAGUCCGACGGAAGAAUCUGGGUUUGGCAGAUGCCAGGAGAACGCUACCUGCCCCAAUGCAUAGUGCCAACUGUAAAGUUUGGUGGAGGAGGAAUAAUGGUCUGGGGCUGUUUUUCAUGGUUCGGGCUAGGCCCCUUAGUUCCAGGUAAGGGAAGUCUUAACGCUACAGCAUACAAUGACAUUCUAGACGAUUCUGUGCUUCCAACUUUGUGGCCCUUUGCUGAAACAGGAAGGCCCUUUCCUGUUUCAGCAUGACAACGCCCCCAUUCACUAAGUGAGGUCCAUAUUGAAAUGGUUUGUCGAGAUCGGUGUGGAAGAACUUGACUGGCCUGCACAGAGCCCUGACCUCAACCCCAACGAACACCUUUGGGAUGAAUUGGAACGCCGACUGCGAGCCAGGCCUAAUCGCCCAACAUCAGUGCCCGACCUCACUAAUCUUGUGGCUGAAUGGAAGUAAGUCCCCGCAGCAAUGUUCCAACAUCUAGUGGAAGGCCUUCCCAGAAAAGUGGAGGCUGUUAUAGCAGCAAAGGGGGACCAACUCCAUAUUAAUGCCCAUGUCAUCAUGGUCACUUUUUUUCUUGUGACAGGUAGACAGACCUACAUUUGCUGCAGCAUAGCCUAUGCUACAGUAAUAUAAAGGCAGAAUGUGCGGCUAAUUUACAUAUCUCCAUCCGGCUUUCGGGGUCACCUUAUUUUUUUAUUGUAAAGAUGAUUUUUAUCUUUUUUGCAGCUGCAGAGUUUUAAAACACUCCUAUAUCGUUGCUUUAAAUCAGUGCGCGAGCACUCUCUCGCAGUCUUUCUCUCCAUCAAUUCCAUUCAAACUGCAUUCAAAAUUGAUAAUCCUGUUCAAGAUUGAUAUAUAUAUAUAUAUAUAUACAGUGGGGAGAACAAGUAUUUGAUACACUGCCGAUUUUGCAGGUUUUCCUACUUACAAAGCAUUUAGAGGUCUGUAAUUUUUUAUCAUAGGUACACUUCAACCGUGAGAGACGGAAUCUAAAAAUCCAGAAAAUCACAUUGUAUUAUUUUAAAGUAAUUAAUUUGCAUUUUAUUGCAUGACAUAAGUAUUUGAUACAUCAGAAAAGCAGAACUUAAUAUUUAGUACAGAAACCUUUGUUUGCAAUUACAGAGAUCAUACGUUUAAAGAUUUUCUAUUGGGUUCAGGUCUGGAGACUGGCUAGGCCACUCCAGGACCUUGAGAUGCUUCUUACGGAGCAACUCCUUAGUUGCCAUGGCUGUGUGUUUCGGGUCGUUGUCAUGCUGGAAGACCCAGCCACGACCCAUCUUCAAUGCUCUUACUGAGGGAAGGAGGUUGUUGGCCAAGAUCUCGCGAUACAUGGCCCCAUCCAUCCUCCCCUCAAUAUGGUGCUGUCGUCCUGUCCCCUUUGCAGAAAAGCAUCCCCAAAGAAUGAUGUUUCCACCUCCAUGCUUCACGGUUGGGAUGGUGUUCUUGGGGUUGUACUCAUCCUUCUUCUUCCUCCAAACACGGCGAGUGGAGUUUAGACCAAAAAGCUAUAUUUUUGUCUCAUCAGACCACAUGCCCUUCUCCCAUUCCUCCUCUGGAUCAUCCAGAUGGUCAUUGGCAAACUUCAGACGGGCCUGGACAUGCGCUGGCUUGAGCAGGGGGACCUUGCGUGCGCUGCAGGAUUUUAAUCCAUGACGGCGUAGUGUGUUACUAAUGGUUUUCUUUGAGACUGUGGUCUCAGCUCUCUUCAGCUCAUUGACCAGAUUCUGCCGUGUAGUUCUGGGCUGAUCCCUCACCUUCCUCAUGAUCAUUGAUGCCCCACAAGGUGAGAUCUUGCAUGGAGCCCCAGACCGAGGGUGAUUCACCGUCAUCUUGAACUUCUUCCAUUUUCUAAUAAUUGCGCCAACAGUUGUUGCCUUCUCACCAAGCUGCUUGCCUAUUGUCCUGUAGCCCAUCCCAGCCUUGUGCAGGUCUACAAUUUUAUCCCUGAUGUCCUUACACAGCUCUCUGGUCUUGGCCAUUGUGGAGAGAUUGGAGUCUGUUUGAUUGAGUGUGUGGACAGGUGUCUUUUAUACAGGUAGCGAGUUCAAACAGGUGCAGUUAACAGGUAAUGAGUGGAGAACAGGAGGGCUUCAUAAAGAAAAACUAACAGGUCUGUGAGAGCCGGAAUUCUUACUGGUUGGUAGGUGAUCAAAUACUUAUGUCAUGCAAUAAAAUGCAAACUAAUUACUUAAAAAUCAUACAAUGUGUUUUUCUGGAUUUUUGUUUUAGAUUCCGUCUCUCACAGUUGAAGUGUACCUAUGAUAAAAAUUACAGACCUCUACAUGCUUUGUAAGUAGGAAAACCUGCAAAAUCGUCAGUGUAUCAAAUAGUUGUUCUCCCCACUGUAUAUAUACAGUUGAAGUCGGAAGUUUACAUACACCUUAGCCAAAUACAUUUAAACUCAGUUUUUCACAAUUCCUGACAUUUAAUCCUAGUAAAAAUUCCCUGUCUUAGGUCAGUUAGGAUCACCACUUUAUUUUAAGAAUGUGAAAUGUCAGAAUAAUAGUAGAGUGAUUUAUUUAAGCUUUUAUUUAUUUCAGUGGGUCAGAAGUUUACAUACACUCAAUUAGUAUUUGGUAGCAUUGCCUUUAAAUUGUUUAACUUGGGUCAAAUGUUUCAGGUAGCUUUACACAAGCUUCCCACAAUAAGUUGGGUGAAUUUUGGCCCAUUCCUCCUGACAGAGCUGGUGUAACUGAGUCAGGUUUGUAGGCCUCCUUGCUCACACACGCUUUUUCAGUUCUGCCCACAAUUUCUAUAGGAUUGAGGUCAGGGCUUUGUGAUGGCCACUCCAAUACCUUGACUUUGUUGUCCUUAAGCCAUUUUGCCACAACUUUGGAAGUAUGCUUGGGGUCAUUGUCCAUUUGGAAGACCCAUUUGCGACCAAGCUUUAACUUCCUGACUGAUGUCUUGAGAUGUUGCUUCAAUAUAUCCACAUAAUUUUCCUUCCUCAUGAUGCCAUCUAUUUUGUGAAGUGCACCAGACCCUCCUGCAGCAAAGCACCCCCACAGCAUGAUGCUGCCACCCCUGUGCUUCACGGUUGGGAUGGUGUUCUUCGGCUUGCAAGUUCCCCCUUUUUCCUCCAAACAUAACGAUGGUCAUUAUGGCCAAACAGUUAUAUUUUUGUUUCAUCAGAACAGAGGACAUGUCUCCAAAAAGUAAGAUCUUUGUCCCCAUGUGCAGUUGCAAACCGUAGUCUGGCUUUUUUAUGGCGGUUUUGGAGCAGUAGCUUCUUCCUUGCUGAGCGGCUUUUCAGGUUAUGUUGAUAUAGGACUCGUUUUACUGUGGAUAUAGAUACUUUUGUACCUGUUUCCUCCAGCAUCUUCACAAGGUCCUUUGCUGUUGUUCUGGGAUUGAUUUGCACUUUUCGCACCAAAGUACGUUCAUCUCUAGGAGACAGAAUGCGUCUCCUUCCUGAGCGGUAUGACGGCUGCGUGGUCCCAAGGUGUUUAUACUUGCAUACUAUUGUUUGUACAGAUGAACGUGGUACCGUCAGGCGUUACGAAAUUGCUCCCAAGGAUGAACCAGACUUGUGGAGGUCUACAAAAAAAAGAAUCUGAGGUCUUGGCUGAUUUCUUUUGAUUUUUCCCAUGAUGUCAAGCAAAGAGGCACUGAGUUUGAAGGUAGGCCUUGAAAUACAUCCACAGGUACACCUCCAAUUGUCUCAAAUUAUGUCCAUUAGCCAAUCAGAAGCUUCUAAAGCCAUGACAUCAUUUUCUGGAAUUUUCCAAGCUGUUUAAAGGCACAGUCAACUUAGUGUAUGUAAACUUCUGACCCACUGGAAUUGUGAUACAGUGAAAUAAUCUGUCUGUAAACAAAUCUUGGAAAAAUUACUUGUGUCAUGCACAAAGUAGAUGUCCUAACCGACUUGCCAAAACUAUAGUUUGUUAACAAGGAAUCUGUGGAGUGGUUGAAAAACGAGUUUUAAUGACUAACUUAAGUGUAUGUAAACUUCCGACUUCAACUGUAGGUCCAUAUAUAGAUAUAUAGUCUUAGCCUACUUCUUUCAGGUAAUACAUUCAAUGCAAUAUUAGCCUUCUAUCUAGCUAAUGGAUGGUGGGUUAUGCAUAAUAAGCUUCCAACUUAUAGCCUCUGUCUCUUGCGCAAUACGCACGCAACUGUGCUCCGCUGGCCUCUCUCUGUAAAAAAGGCUCCUUAGCUCUUGGAGACCCAUGCAGGAAAAGCUAGACUAGAAUAGCUUGCUGGACAUUAUGUUUUGGGCAUUUCUUAUACUAAUAGACUAUUUGAAGAGGGGCGCAAGCUCUUGUUUGUUGAAUGUUAAAUACAGCAGCCAAUAGAACUCACGGUUCAUUUGAAAGAAGAGCGAACGCUUGAUGGCGGUAGGCUAUUGCAGUUAUUUAUUCAACCCUCGUGAAGAGAAGUGAAAGCCUUCUGCAUCUCAUUCUAGUCCUAUAUUUUUCAAACAUGUCAUGAGAAUGAUGAAGAUAAGGACAACAACUUAUUUCAUUUAACUGUUGAAAGCGAGGAAGGAAUGAAGCAACACUAGAGAGAGAAAGAGGUGGUAGGCUAAUGACGUUAGUGGAAAUAUUAAGAUUUUUUUUCUUCUAAUUGUUCUCUCCCUGCUAAUCAUGGUUUGAAUGAUGUGUGUAAUUCCAGUCCGUAUAAUACAAUACAGUACAGUAAUACAGUUCACACUCAAAAAGAUUAGCUUGUUUCAUUUAUUUACCCAAGAGAGCAUAGCUAGGCCUAGAUCUAUUAGCUUUUAUGUUUUUCUGUCGAGCAUAAUGUGCAGUAGCCUAUAUAGCAUAUUGGAUAACGGCACAAUCAUUUGGGCUUUUUUGGGCUUGGGCUCAUUAAAUAUAUUUAAUCAGGCUCAGGUUGCAUCAGGCUUGAAUUUUCGAUCAACGCUCUAAUCAAAUCCAGACAGGCCUAUUUAAAUGCUUUAUAAUGCUUUUAAAUGACACUUCCGGUUUUGGUAGGAAAUACCGGGUUACCCGGGAGAAAAGUGAUUUAUUCUCGGGAUGGAAAAUGUGUAAAAUACCGGGAAAAUAUUCCACCCUAAUACUCACUCUGUCCCACAGCCUCGCCCACAUUCCUUACUGUCAUCCAUACUGACUCACUGUCAGCUGACUCGGUCCAUCUUGUCUCGCUCUCACCCACAGGUUUCUGCUCCACCUGGCAGAGAAGACAGGAGGAGUUAUUGUCACCAAUGACAACCUGCGGGACUUUGUAAAUACAUCAGAGGCAUGGAUGAGGAUCAUCCAAGAGAGGUGAAGGCCUUUUAACCAAUCGUCAGACAUGCACUCAUUUCUCCACAGACAUUUUAUAUAAUCCCUGGACACAAUACCUUCUCCCACACUGACUGCCCCCUUUUUCCAGGCUUCUGCAGUUUACCUUUGUGGAGGACCACUUUAUGAUCCCAGAUGACCCCCUGGGGAAGCAUGGCCCCCACCUGGAGGUGUUCUUACGGAAGGACAACAGGUGUGUGUGAAAGGAGAUGAUAGUAUUGUUUAUACAGUAUGACAUUACUGCAGAGGUGUGUGUGUAUUGACCAUACGUGUGUCUCUCUCACAGACGGAGCUCAGUCACACCUCCUCUGAGGCCAGACCCUCGAGCCACCCCGCAGCUGGUCUAUGUCCAAGCUCUGCAGUCUUCACCCCGCCCCUCAUCUUCCCCCCGCCCCACAGCUACCCCCCAGAUGAGGCCACCCUCCCACUGGCCACAUUCUGGGCCCCCUGGGUGGCACCCCCCCCACCCAACACCCUCACCCCCUCCACAGAGGUCACACGCUCCUCGCCCCUCACCCCCUCUUCAGCGAUCGCACACCCCUCGCCCAACACCCUCUCCCCCUCCCCAGCGUUCACUUUCGGAAACCAUAGAGCUCAAAAGGAAGCUGUACGAUAUCUUCCCCGACCAGAAGCAGCGCAUUGACUGUAUCCUGAGUGACAACCCCUACAUGAGAGACCUGAAUGCACUGUCAGGCCUUCUGCUGGGAUGA